AUGUCUGUAUUCAACCCUCAACUUGACCCAUACACCGCCCAGGCGCAGAACAACCACGCUACCCCGCAAGAGAAGAUUGAUGGCCUGAAGGAUAUCAUCAAGUCUACAGUGACAGCCAUGCUGACGACACGAUCAGCAGAUGGGCAGUUCCACUCUCGUGCUAUGAACCCAGUGGCUCCCGAUUCCGACACCGACUUGACUCUUACUUUCAUCGCUAAUAACGCCUCCCACAAGUUCGAAGAAAUUCAGAACGACUCACACGUAAACGUGAGCUUUUUGAACCCAUCUACGACAAGCUGGGCUUCGUUCUCAGGAAGGGCAAAGAUCAUCGAGGAUCGUGAAAUCAUCAGAACCAAAUGGUCAUCGACUAUAUCAGCUUGGUUUGGCGACUUGAAGGAUGGAAUUCACAAGGGCGAUGUAAAUGAUCCCCGAGUUGCUAUGAUUCAAGUUAUUCCAGACGAAAUACGGUACUGGAGUGCUACCAAAGGCAAGCUCGGGCGUGCAGUGGACGUUGGCAUCAGUGCUGCCACGGGCAAAACAGCAGCUCCAGGAGAACUCUGCACGAUUACCGAAGACGAGAUCAAGUUAACUCAAGGUUUGCACUCGAAGAACUAA